AUGGCUACUGACAGCGCCGACGACAUUAAUGUCGGCGUUGCCCUUAGUACAGCUCUUCUUCUCCCAGGUGAUCUGGAAAAGAAUGCUGGAAUGAGUGAGUAUGAAAAUUAUGCUUUCAUGCUUCAACACUGUGUUCAAGUUGUUCAGCAUGCCCACUCCUUCUCCAUGCAAUCUUUUGAGAACAGGGAGAAGUUAUCUGACUUGCAGAAGGAGUAUUCUGCACUCCAGAAGAUCAACAAGGGUCUUCAAGCAAAAAUGAAGAAAUUGGAAGACCAGGCCGAGGCUGCCACUAAAGCCCAAACUUUGGCUGAAGAAAAGGCCGAGGCUGCUGAAGCUAUAAAGAAAGUUGCCGAAGCGCAGAAAAAUGAAGCCGAGGACAAGGCCACCCAAGCUGAGAAAGAGCUUCAGGAGGCCUUGGCCACGAAAAAGGCUGAAAUCAAAGAAGCUGAUGAAAAGGCUUAUGCGCAAGGCAUGGCCGACGUCGCUGAGGAGUACACGCUUCAAGUCAGGGAAAGCUUCAAACUUGACCUCCCUGCUGACUCGCCUUUUCGUAAUGCCGACGCUAUUCCUCUCCCAUUUCCACCAAGCCAAGCCGAAGAAGAAUCUGGGUCGGAGCCUGAGGAUGAAGAUGAUCAGAAUGCUGAAGCCUUGAUGAAGAAACCCAAGGGUGAUGCUGGGGUCAAGUCUCCUUCUCAAAUUGAACCCAUCCUGGACUUAACUUUGGAUGAAGAGGGUGAUGAGGUCGGGGAGGCACCUAGGGAAGCUGUUACAGGGGUAUUAUCGUCCGACCUCCUAUUAGCUGAAAGAAGUCUUAACAAAACGCUUGCAGAGAUUGAUGCCGAGCUGGCAGCAGAGAAGGCCGCUGAAGUAGUUCCACAGGAAUCGGCCGAGGUUCAAACCCAAAUUGCUUCUGAAGCAGAAGAAUCAUAA